AUGCACAGGUAUCUUCGAGCACUUCUCCCCCUACUUCUGAGUAGUGGAACCGCCCAUGCUACUCUGGACUGUGACUGGGAUGCUGUGAACUCCCUCCUACCACCAAAUGUCAGCCUCUCUUUUGUGACCGCGAUUCCCGAGAACGGCACCUUCACAGUGCCCCGAGGGGAUACGGGCUGGCCAACCGACCCGAUCAAUCUCCCCAGUCUCUGCGCAAUUGGUGCCACCGUGUUGGGAGACACAGCCAACGCUAGCUUUGGCUUCGGUCUUUUCCUUCCCUCCCAAUGGAAUGGUCGUACGCUGACUGUUGGAAAUGGAGGCUUGGCGGGAGGAGUGAAUUGGGUGGACAUGGUACGGAAAUCACCCAGCACAGGACUCCAGCCCGGCACCGGGGUGAAAUAUGGCCACGCCGUCUUCUCCACGGACACUGGUCACAACAGUUCUGCAACCGAUGCAAGUUGGGCGUACCAAAACCCCGAAUCGCAGGUCAAUUGGGGGUGGCGGGCCUUGCACGAGACGGUGAUAUACGGCAAGCAGAUCACCGAGGCCUUCUACGGGACUAGGCCCUCGUUCCACUACUAUCAAGGCUGUAGUACUGGUGGUCGCCAAGGGUUCAAAGAGGCGGAAGCAUUCCCGGGGGAUUUCGACGGAAUUAUCGCAGGCGCACCUGCUUGGUGGACGUUCUGGGUGGGAUAUGUGAACUACAUUUCGAACAUCACCAUGAUUCCCACGAGCAAAUUUGAUGUCAUCGGCAGGGAGGUGCUGCGGCAGUGUGAUGGCCAGGACGGUCUCGUUGAUACGAUCAUCUCCGAUCCUCUUGGAUGCAACUUCAACCCCGAAACGCUUCUAUGCUCCUCAGCCGUGACCGAUCCCACCGAUGCGGAAUGUCUGACGGCCGCGCAGCUGCAGACGUUCGACACCCUCAGUCGAGAUUUCCGGGCCACAAACUCGACCCUAGUCUUCCCGGCCUGGCUCCGCGGCUCGGAGCACUUCUGGACUCUGAACAUCGACGGCGGGGCGCCGAACAUCAUCGGACUCGGAUACAUCCAAUACAUGCUGGGGUUGGGGCCCGAGUGGGCGUGGCAGUCGUUCAACGAGGAUGUGAUCCAACUCUCCGAGCGGCUCGAUCCCGGGCAGGCCGAUGCGUCGGCCUACAACCUGAGUGCCUUCUACCACGGGGGAGGCAAGCUGCUCCAUUAUCAUGGCAUGAGCGACGGUGGCAUCGCCACGGGGGCCAGUUACUACCUCUACGAGCAGAUCGACCGCACUCUCAGCCCUCAGGGUGUACACGUGGAUGACUGCUACCGCUUCUUUCCUAUUUUUGGGAUGGGGCAUUGCCUUGACACCGCCGAUUACGUGAACGCUCCGUACUACAUCGCCGGGAUCAGCAUGACAAUUAACGGGAAGUACUCAGUGCCGAACUUCCACGAUGCGAAGCACGACGUGCUGCUGGCGCUGAUGGAAUGGGUCGAGAAUGGCACGGCGCCGGACGCGAUCAUCGGGACCGCCUACGCAUUUUACCACAAUGGAUGCCAUCACGCGCCAACGGCCCAUUUGUGCCCAUCCCAAGCUGGCCCGGUAUCAGGGACGCGGGGAUCCCGACCCCCAGAGAUGAAGACCGUGGCUUGGAGAAUGAAGUCUGUCAGUCUGUAA